GAAAACUACAAAAAUAUGGACAUUUUAUAUCCAUGUGAAAAAUUUCUGGUAACAUCCAAAAGUACACGUCGAGCUCCCGUUCCUCUCAUUCCUGGUCAGUCGCCUGUUCUGUCGUUUUCUGUCUGUCUGUCAUAUCGAAUCACAUAUCAAAGUUCGAGCGCUAUGGAGUACAUCGAUGAAAUGCGACGAUUGAACAAAAGACAACUGUAUUUUCAAGUUUUGAAUUUCGGAAUGAUUGUGUCUUCAGCGCUGAUGAUAUGGAAGGGAAUGAUGGUUGUGACUGGCAGCGAAAGUCCAAUUGUUGUUGUUUUGAGUGGCAGUAUGGAACCAGCGUUUUACAGAGGAGAUCUACUAUUUCUCACUAAUUACCAACAAGACCCAAUUCGCGCAGGCGAAAUUGUUGUUUUUAAAAUUGAAGGACGUGACAUCCCAAUCGUUCAUAGGACCAUAAAGGUUCAUGAGCGGGAGGAUGGCAAAGUAAAAUUUCUCACCAAAGGUGACAACAAUUCAGUCGAUGAUAGAGGACUAUAUAAGCCCGGCCAACUGUGGGUUGAACGGAAAGAUGUCGUGGGAAGGGCACGGGGUUUUGUCCCAUAUGUCGGGAUAGUGACUAUAUUGAUGAAUGAUUAUCCUAAACUAAAAUAUGCAGUGUUAGCAUUACUAGGAAUGUUUGUUCUUGUUCAUAGGGAAUGAAAUGUUGCAGUAUUAAUAUUAUUUCCUAUAUGUUCCACUGGUUGACUGACUUGUUCAUGUUGCAUUUCCAACUCAAACUAAAUUUCAUUCUGUGCUAAUCUUGCUUACGAUGAUGCUAGAUAAUACAGUUUUUUUCAGUGUCUGACUUUUGCUUUUUAUUCUGAAAAUCAAUGUCAUUCGUCUUUGCUGUUUUUUUCACAUUGUCGUAAUAUAGUGUAGCUGCCUUCAUGCUCUCUAAUCGCAGAGCAUUUGUUGUGUAGUGCGUUAUGCACUGAUACUCAUUGAAUUAUCAUGGCAUUUAUUUCUUUCAUGGUCUAUUCCUACUUCCCUGCCCAGUUAUUGAAAUUGGGAUGGUGUGGCAGUUGGUAUCACAAGGACCUAGUUUCAGCAAUGGUAUUGAUAUGUGUUGGGUGAACGAGUUGUUUGUAUUUGUUUUGACAAGUAACCAGACAAAUUUUCCAUGAGACUGAGAAAAUGAUAAUGUGUGGUAUUUGAAAUGGCAAACAAUUUUUCUAAUUAUGUACUAUUUGGCACUUAGGUUAAUAAGAUAAUUUGCUAGCUUGUUGUAAUAAUACCUCAAAAUCCUUGUGUAUCCACCACUGACCUGCCAUAUCUGUUGCUUGUAAUUUUAUCAAAAGCACUGUCUUGUCAGUUUAUAAAAUUUAUCUGAGUGGCAUACUUGAAAUACAUGAAUUGCAAAUGAUAUAUAAGUUACCGUAGUUCAUGCUCCAUGAAACUUGCAAAAGUUUUCAAGAAAUGGGUAUUUGCAGAAAUUGUUAUUGGAGUGUAACAUUGGUCCACAUUUUAUGUUUAAUAGACAAAGUACCUGGUAUCAGUCUUGCUGAAUGUACAGACUCCAUGCAUCUGAUGAAAAAUUACGAGGCAAAUGGAAAAUUUGUAGAGUACCUUCUAGCAGCAUAAAAGUGUGAAUAUUCGAUUUUCUUUGCCGAUUUAGUGACUUGUUUAUAAUUAUACCCAGAGUGCAAGAAAAAGAUUUUCUUAUUUGCAUCAUGAUUUUUUUGAUUUAUUUGUGACAUAAAGAAGACCGGAUAUUGUGCUUAUGUGUGUUAAAAGAAAAUUAAUUGCAAUCAUUACAUAUUUGUGGAUAAUCUUGAUGUUUUUGUCUUGCAAG